UUUUUUUUUUUUUCACGAGGCAAGCAAAAAGAGCCGCAUCUCGCAACUUGCUUCUCUCACACUCCCGCCAUCUCUCUCGCGCGCGCGUCCCGCUCCUCUGUCGUCUCUCCCCUCUUCUUCUCGCCAUACCGGUCCGCCAAUUUGCGCACCUAUUCCAUUGCAUUGGAGUGGCAUAGCGUCUUCUCGACCUGCGCCGAAAGUCAGAAGAGCAGCAGCAGCAGCAGCAGCACAGCCCGGGACCGCCGUUGACCGAAUCCGCCCCCACCGCCCAUCGCCGUCGCCGCCGCCGCCGCCGCGCUGUGACGUACAUCGCCGGGUUGCGACGCCGCCUCCACCUCGUUCAGGCGUGACAGACAGACAGACAGACAGGUUUUACACACCCCCAACGCGACUUGGAUCGGAAAACCUCUAGACGACGACAUCCUGUUCUCUCUCGCUCUCGGGACACUGAAAGAAUCGUCCGUCCUGCUUCUCGCAACCGCCCUUCGUCCCCCCCCCCUCGCGCCGCCGCCCGCUGGUUUGUUGCAUUCCCCUCCCCCGAACCGAACCCGAACUCAAGUUGCGGGCCAACCUGCCUUGCUCCUGCCACCACCACCACACCACGCCACACCACGCCACACGCGCGCGCGCACGCGCAUACGACAGCUACCGCCACCACCACCACCACCACCACCGCCUCUGGUCGUCGCAACAUCACCCAACCCACGAGGCCUCAUCACCACUGCCCAAACGGGCCGCCGCUACUACCACAACCACCAUCACCUGAACCAGACGAGGGGAGAGAGAAAAAAAAAUCAUUCUCCUCUCUUUUGCGCCCUUUCCCCCCCUUCCUCUCUCGACACCGCCGUCUCGCUCCUUCCUCUUGGCUCCCACCGGCCGCCGCCGCCGACGACUCACUCACACUCUUAGACACACAUUCACCCCACGCACACCAUGUCCCCCUCGUCCUCGUCCUCGUCCUCCCCGGCCGAGGCCGCCGCCUCCCUCGUUGGCGACAAGCUCCCCGACCGCGCGCAGGUCGAGGAGACCAAAAGGGCCGCCGCCUCGGGCCUCCUCUCGCAGCUGCGCGCCCUCGGCGCCGGCGGCUUCGGCGGCAUUUGCGCCGUCGUCGUCGGCCACCCCUUUGACCUGGUCAAGGUCCGCCUGCAGACGGCCGAGCGCGGCGUCUACUCGUCCGCCGUCGACGUUGUCCGCAAGAGCAUUGCCCGCGAUGGCCUGCGCCGCGGCCUGUACGCGGGAGUCAGCGCCCCUCUGGUCGGCGUGACGCCCAUGUUUGCCGUUUCCUUCUGGGGCUACGACCUCGGCAAGCAAAUCGUCUCGGCCUCCAGCCCCGUCGACCCCGUCGCCGGCCUGUCCAUUGCGCAAAUUUCCACGGCCGGCUUCCUCUCCGCCGUGCCCAUGACGGCCAUCACCGCCCCUUUUGAGCGCGUCAAGGUCAUCCUCCAGGUCCAGGGCCAGAAGAAGCUCGCCCCAGGCGAGAAGCCAAAGUACAACGGCGGCCUCGACGUCGUCCGCCAGCUCUACCGCGAGGGCGGCCUGCGCAGCGUCUUCCGCGGCUCCGCCGCCACCCUCGCCCGCGACGGCCCCGGCUCCGCUGCCUACUUCGCCGCCUACGAGUACAUCAAGCGCGCCAUGAGCCCCCGCGACCCCGUCACGGGCAAGCCCACCGGCGAGCUCUCCCUCACCGCCGUCACCUGCGCCGGCGCCGCCGCGGGCGUCGCCAUGUGGAUCCCCGUCUUCCCCGUCGACACCGUCAAGUCCCGCCUGCAGACCGCCGAGGGCCACGCCACCCUCGGCGGCGUUGUCCGCGAGCUCUACGCAAAGGGUGGCUACCGCGCCUUCUUCCCGGGCUUCGGACCCGCCCUCGCCCGCGCCGUCCCCGCCAACGCCGCCACCUUUCUCGGCGUCGAGCUGGCUCACCAGGCCAUGACCAAGGCCUUUGGCCCGGCGUAAAAGAGCCCUUCGCCCUUCGCCCGCCUCCUGCCCCAAAGCGAGAGACGAAGACCGACAUACACACAUGUACAUACACACAGACACACACAGAAAGAGGGGCGAGGGAGAGGUGGUGAGAACCAGAGAGGGGGAGAGAGAGAAAAGGAGGAGGGGAAGAUACGCAUCACGUCCUUGAAUAAACGUGUCUUGCUUGCCCCGUCACAUAGCCCGGCGGGCGUCUUGGAAUAGAGAGAAAUAUGGGACCGACAUCAUGGAUCUUUUUUUUGGGCCAGAGUAGCGGAAUACCCCAUUUUCGCGCUCUCGGUCAUGGGGGCGGCACAUUGUGUGGUAGACAUUGGCCUUGUGACUUAUCUUGAUGGGUACAACAAGAGGCUCGCACAUGCAGACGCGGGCAAUCUUUACAUGAGUAUUGAAUAGAUUAGAUUUGGACCC